UGCGCCGGGCGAAGCAAUGCCGCCAAAGUCGAGCAGCAAGAAAAACCAGGCCAGUUGGUUCCACUGCGAGUCCUGCGGCGUCCACAUUCCCUCCAAGGCGCGGGAUAACCACGAGGCAGCCUGCUCCGCCCUCAGCCAGGACGAUGGGGGCGGCGAUUCCCAGGCGGAAUACGUGCGCAGUGGGGCGAUCUUCACGAGAAGCCUCCAGCAGCGGAAUUUCGAGGUGGAAUCCCUGAAGGAUCUGCCUGCCAAGUAUGCCAACAUGCUGAUCUUCGUCUCCGAAGGAGCCAUGCACCUGGCCCAGCUGCACAUUGGUCAGCAUGUGGUGCUUGAGGCUCCUGCGACGGCGGAGCAGCCGCUGGUGAGGAUUGUAUGGCCCAUUUCGGAGCAAUUCCUCACCACGGUUUUUGUGAGCGAAGCAGACUUCAAGCUCCAUUGCACGCAGCUGCGGGGAAAGUUCCUUAAGAUCUCUGCCUUGGAUCCCAGUUGCCUCACUGCCGCCUCCAGCAUUUCUCUAAGGCAUCUGAACAGCACAGAGAUUCCCCUAAAAACCGGACAACUCCAGGAUGCCAUUGCCCUGCUCAAAAGAGACAUGGUCAAUAGAGUUUACAGCAAGGACAGCCAAAUCCACAUGAAUUUCUUCAACAAAUCGCUGACUUUUCGCCUGGAGCGCUGGCAGGGCACCGUUGAAGAUGCUCUGGCCAAUCUCAGUCUGGAUUCCAAGCCCUUGCAGUUUGUGCAGGUCACCAAUGUAACAAAACUCCAGUUGAUAGGGGAAUCUAACGAGCAGCAGCAGGAGGAGCAGAAGAUUAGCCACCGGAUAACCAAAUCGCAGAUAGGAGGACUGGAUAGGCAACUAGAGCUGGUCGAGGAGAGCAUGGAGUACGCCUUGGGCUUCCGGGCGUUGCCUGCAGGCCUCCGUGUAUCCCGCGGAUUGCUUCUUUACGGCGCCACCGGCUGCGGCAAAUCCAUGAUUUUGGAAGCCAUGUCCGCGGUGGCCGAGGAGCGAAGCCAAGGAAAUGUCCAACUGAUCCGCAUCAACAGUGGCGAAGUGUACAGCAAAUUCCUGGGCGAAACGGAACAGAAACUGGCGGCCAUUUUCGAGCGUGCCUACAAUCACUAUCCGCAUCCAACUCUGCUGCUAAUCGAGGACGUGCACAACUUGUGUCCUAAGCAGGAGAACAGCGAUCUCGUCAAGCGCGUCUCGUUGGCCUUUCUCUCACUGCUGGAUCAACUGAGUACGCCCAGCCAACUAAAGGGAAGCAGGACCUUCCUGCUGGCUACGAGUUCACAGAUUGAAGCUCUACAUCCAAGCAUUCGGAGAGCCGGUCGAUUGGACAGUGAACUCGAAUUGGGUGCUCCCAGUUCGCAGUCGAGGAGGGACAUUAUCAGCUGCCUGCUGCAGUCGAUGGAGCAUCAGUUGAGUGAGGAGGAAAUCGAGCAAGUGGCUUCUAUUACCCAUGGUUACGUGGGCGCAGAUCUAGCGAAUCUUGUUUAUGCUGCCAUGCUACAGGCGCAGCCGAAUCCCCUGAAGCUUCUGCACCUCCAGUCUGCUCUGACUCGCAUUAAACCCUCGGCCAUGCGAGAAGUUCUCAUCGAGUGUCCCAAUGUUCAGUGGUCCGACAUUGGCGGUCAAUCCGAGCUGCGAUUGGCCAUGCAGCAGGCCAUCGAGUGGCCGCUGCUGCAUGCGGAGAAGUUCCAGCGGCUGGGCAUCAAGCCACCGCGGGGAAUCCUCAUGUUCGGGCCGCCGGGCUGCUCUAAAACUAUGAUUGCCAAGGCCCUGGCCACCGAGAGCAAGCUGAACUUCCUGUCCAUCAAGGGACCCGAGCUCUUCUCCAUGUGGGUCGGUGAAUCGGAGCGAGCGGUGCGCGAGGUGUUCCGAAAGGCACGCCAGGUGGCCCCCGCCAUUGUUUUCUUCGACGAAAUCGAUGCCAUCGGCGGUGAGCGAGCCGAGGGCGAUGGUUCCGGCUCGGGUUCCUCUGUGAAAGAGCGCGUUCUCACGCAACUGCUCACCGAACUGGACGGCGUGGAGGCCCUGCAAAACGUGACCAUUGUGGCGGCCACCAAUCGUCCGGAUAUGAUUGACAAGGCGCUGCUCCGUCCGGGUAGAAUCGAUCGAAUUCUCUAUGUGGGCUUGCCACAGAGUGUAGCACGAAGGGAAAUCUUAAAGAUCAAAAUGCGAGCCAUGCCAAUAGCAGAGGAAGUGGACUUGGAGAAGCUGGUGCAGCUGACCGAGGGAUAUUCCGGAGCAGAGAUCCAAGCCGUUUGCCAUGAGGCUGCUCUGCGGGCCCUGGAGCAAAGCUUCGAGGCGGAGCAGGUCAAGUGGGCAGACUUUCUGCACGCGUUAGAGGCAGUGCCUCCAAGGACCAGCCCGGAACUCCUAAAACUAUAUGAAGAUUACCUCAAACGGAAGUAG